UCGGGCUGCGGGCCGGCGGUGGGCGGCUCGGGGCAGCUGGAGGAGAUCAACACCAAGGAGGUGGCGCAGCGCAUCACGGCCGAGCUGAAGCGCUACAGCAUCCCCCAGGCCAUCUUCGCGCAGCGGGUGCUGUGCCGCUCCCAGGGCACCCUCUCGGACCUGCUGCGGAACCAGCCCUGGAGCAAGCUCAAGUCCGGCAGGGAGACCUUCCGCAGGAUGUGGAAGUGGCUGCAGGAGCCUGAGUUCCAGAGGAUGUCUGCACUACGCCUGGCAGCCUGCAAGCGCAAGGAGCAGGAGCCCGGCAAGGAGCGCAGCGGCUCGCAGAAGAAGUCUCGCCUGGUGUUCACCGACCUGCAGCGCCGAACGCUCUUCGCCAUCUUCAAGGAGAACAAGAGGCCCUCCAAGGAGAUGCAGAUCACCAUCUCGCAGCAGCUGGGGCUGGAGCUCACCACCGUCAGCAACUUCUUCAUGAACGCCCGGCGCCGCAGCCUGGAGAAGUGGCAGGACGACCUCAGCUCGGGGGGCUCCUCCUCGGCCCCCAGCACCUGCAGCAAGGCGUGAGGGGGGCGCGGAGGCGGCGGCGGAGCCCUCGGCCGGUGACCUAAAGCACAAACCCUCCUGGAAACCACCCCCAGCCCGGCUCCAGCGGAGACCUUCCCACGGCUUCCUCUCCUCGCCCCGCUCCACGGCCCCGCGCUCGGGACGGGUCUGAGAGGGGGCGCCCGUCCCUGAGCCCCCGAGAGCCCCAGAGGUGCCCAGCGCCCGCGGAGCAGCACAAGGUCUGCCGCCCGAGGAGCCCGGCAGCUGGCGCGGCAAACUCAGGCGAAGCCCCAGCCCGGCCCCGGCCCCAGGCGAAUUCCCUGCCCCGCAGCCGGGCGCCGCCUCGGGCCGCUCCAGCGCCCGCGGCUCCGAGCACAGCGCAGCAGCCCCGGCGGCUCCGAGCACACGGGCGCAGCCUGCAGCCCGCCGCGGGCUCUGCCUUGGCACCGGC